UCCCGUCCGCGGACGGUAUAAAGCCAGCCCCGCCUUCCCCGUCCGCUCUUUCUCUCUUCGCUACUCCCUCUCCGCCGCCGCACCGAAACACGGCGUGAGACUCAUCGGCGGCAACCAUGAGUAAGCUCCAGAGUGAGGCGGUCAAGGACGCCAUCACCCAGAUUGUGGGUGACGCCAGAGAGAAGAAAAGGAAGUUCACCGAGACUGUUGAGCUCCAGAUUGGUCUCAAGAACUACGACCCGCAAAAGGACAAGCGUUUCAGCGGCUCCGUGAAGCUGCCCCAUAUCCCCCGCCCCAAGAUGAGGGUGUGCAUGCUUGGUGAUGCCCAGCACGUUGACCAGGCUGAGAAGUUGGGGCUUGCCUGCAUGGAUGUUGAAAGCCUAAAGAAAAUGAACAAGAACAAGAAGCUUGUUAAGAAGCUUGCCAAGAAGUACCAUGCUUUCUUAGCAUCAGAGGCCAUCAUCAAGCAGAUCCCCCGUCUCCUUGGUCCCGGUCUCAACAAGGCAGGCAAGUUCCCCACACUGGUUAGUCACCAGGAAUCCCUUGAAGCUAAGGUCAAUGAGACGAAAGCUACCAUCAAGUUCCAGCUAAAGAAGGUUCUGUGCAUGGGUGUUGCUGUGGGUAACUUGUCGAUGGAUGAGAAGCAGAUCCAGCAAAACAUCCAAAUGAGCGUCAACUUCCUCGUGUCCCUCUUGAAGAAGAACUGGCAGAAUGUGAGGUGCCUGUACGUGAAGAGCACCAUGGGGAAGCGCGUGAGGGUGUUCUAAGUGGGUGUGAUCAAGCGAAGUUGAUAAGAUACCGGACUGUCGACCUGAGCUUGUCUUUAAAUUAGAUCUUUUGCACUGAUAUCAAUUUUGUGUUUGCCUAAGCGAAUAUCAAAGAAGUAUUUGAGCUCUUGUGUUAGUCUUUUCUUGAACAGAAAUUUAUGGGAGAAAUCGAACUGUGUUUUGAGUUAUCGUUUUUAAGGUUC